AUGUUUUUGUGUAAACUAAGCCCCCUUUUUAUUACGUAUUUAUUUGUUAGUUUUUUAUUGCACAUUGCCUCGACCCACACGCAGCGCCUGCCAAGGGCAGCCGUUGCAAUUUCAAGUGCAACGAAUUUGUGGGGCCAAUGCGAACGACUCUCGGUCGAUGCGGCGUAUGAGCAACAUCCGCUUUGAAACAUUAAGUAUACGCACCGUACGACCGAGUGAAAGUACUGCUGCUUCGACCGUAGCUGUAGCUGUGACCCUGAACCACCUCCUACCGGCUUUCGAAAAGUGCAUUUUUUCAAUUUAGAACCGAGAGCUGGUGAGAGAGCCGAGAGCGCAGAGGUUUCCCACUUGAAUUCUCAGCAAUUCUCAAUGCAGUUUCUCGCAGCUCUCGGUGAAAUCGCUGUAGUGCAGUUUUGCGCCAGUCGACGUUUUGCUGUUCGACGGGGCGGGCUUGUUGUGUGUGCUCUGUGCUCUGCUGAGGUGUUACCAAUUUUUCUUUGGCCAGCGGAAAUUGUAUAAUAAUUGGCCGAAAAAGUUGACCUGGACUGAAUUCGCAAUUGUGUCAGUGCUAGAAAAAAAAUGCUGCAGCGGCAGAAAGCCACUGUCAGCUCUCGAUUUGGCAGCACCAGAGGCCCAGUGCCAGCCAUUCACAGGCGGGCGGCGGCCAAGUGAAGUGGAAACAAUGGCAGCGGCCAUGCAGAUUGCAGGACCUUCGCGCAGCAAUGGCAGUGGCCUGGCAAUGGCCGUGAAUAGUGGCGCUGCUGUCAAUCAAUACGAGGAGAAUGCCGAGCACUUACGGCAGCUGUUUAGCCGGAGCAAGCUUGUGUCCUUUAGCAUUGACCACAUCUCGUGCAGCGCCGGCAGCAGCAGCGGGGACAACUACAUGUCCGUGGUCAAGCGGGUGACAAUCAGCCAGGCCACAGAGGACGAGGCAAUGAGGGAAAUAGUCACCGUUAUUGUGAAGCGCCAGAUUGCGAGCCUCUCGCGCCGGCAGCUUUACCGUUGCGAGGAGGCCUUCAGCAACGAGAUCAACGCCUAUCGCCACCUGGCUCCUCUCCUUGCCGCCCACAGCCGACAGCAGCUGUUUCCGGUGUGCCACAUCGCGGAGUGCCAUGAUCGCCGGGAUCCGGACAGCGGCGAGCCCAUCAUUGUGCUGCAGGACCUCAAGGCCUUGGGAUUUCGGAUGAGGGAUCGGUUGGUGGGGCUGGAGCUGCGUCACUGUCUCCUAGUGAUGAAGAAACUGGCGCAACUGCACGCCGCCUCACUGGCCGCCCAAGAACUGGACUCUGUGAGCUUCUCCGCUGAGGUUGAGCAUCUCGAGGAGAUCGUUUAUUGCGAGGAGGCGGCCGAUUUCUAUGCCACCAUAUUGGAUACAUCUGUACAGCAGGCCCUGGAGAGUUUGGGUGACUCCAAUUCCGACGGCAGCCUGACCACGCCCAUUCGCCUACUCAAUGAGCUGCGACCCAAUUUGUUUGAGAACCUGAAGCGCGAGAUAAACGCCACGGCAAGGACGCCCUUCAGUGUGAUCUGUCACGGGGACUUGUGGGUGAACAACAUCAUGUUUCGCUCGGAGCCGGAAGAGGUGAUCUUCUUCGACCUGCAAGCGAUGCGUAGGACAUCUCCCGUGUUCGAUAUACUCCACUUCAUAUACACCAGCACGCGAAGGGAACUGAGGGAUGUGCACACGGACACGCUGCUGGCCGCGUACUCCGAGGCCUUGGGCCUGGAACUGAUGCACCAACUGGAGGGCAGUCCGGCUGCCGAACGGCUGCAGGAACUUUGCGAGGCGUUUUCGCUUCAGCGCCUCAGUGCCGAGUACGUGCGUCAGGUGCACUAUGGCCUGGCAAUCGGCAUGUGGAUUCUGCCGGCCGUCACCUUUGAUCCGAACAACCUGCCCAAUCUGGACGUGAUGAGCGAGCUCAGUCUGACCGGCAAGGAGGAGAUCAAAUGCACCCAGACCCUCACGUCGGAGUACCAUCUGCGCGUCCGGGAGCUGGUGAUGGAGUUCUACGAGCUGGGUUAUCUCCACACGGAGUAACGAACCCUUAAAGAGUAUUCAUAGUCACGUAGCGUUAGGAUUUAACUCUCGAUAAAUAUAGAUGAUAGAUUUCUCUUUAGAGGAACUUUA